AUGGCCGAUAUUCAAGUGAUUCCGAAAGAAGAAGCGGAUAAAGCCAAUUUGAAGUAUAUUAAACGAAAUCAACCACAUGGACGUCAUGCUCCGCAAUAUUUCAAAGAAGGACAAAUAAUUGAUUACAAAUUUCGUAUCGAUAAAAUGAUCGGUGGAGGUGGUUUUGGUCAAAUUUAUCGUGUCAUCGAUGAACGUACCAAAUCGGUACUGGCAAUAAAAAUUGAACCGGAAGAUCAUGAACCGGGUCGAUUGAUAUUGGAGCAAAAGGUAAUGCUAAAGCUUCGAGGAACGCCACAUAUACCACAAUUU